CGGUAGUCAGCUGUUGUAUUAUUGAUUUUUUCAGUGCUUUGUUUAUAAAUUCGCAAGCACCUCCUGGCGAUAUUAGGCGAUUAGGUCCACAGUAUACAUUAGGUCCAGGAGAAAACCCCCUUGCUUCUAAACGGAAUCGCCUUCGACAAUUCCAACAGAAGAUAUUUUAACAAGCAUGACCCCACAGGACGCGGAUUUGGCUUUCAAAACCAAGAAAACUUCAGAGAAAAUAUGCGAAAACAUACAUAUUGUCGCAAAUGAUCCAUCAUUAGCAUUCUUUCGGAUACAGGAACAUGUCCGUAAGGUGCUCCAGCCAAUAUCAGAUAAGAGAGCGGAAGUUAUACAGCUGCAAACAAAUUUACAAGGCCAUUGCUAUGACAUGGAAUAUGCUGUUGGUGCUGUGAAGAGCGUGGAACACUCUGAGGCCAUCUUCAAAAACAUUCAAGAAAUGAUAAAAACCUCUAUAUUUCUGAAACAGCAGCUGAAGUAUGGUGAGAUAAAGAACAAAUCAAAAAAAGAAUCAACUAGUAGUUCAGUUUAUAAACGAUUUUCCGCACAUUUGACGUUGGAUUUGCCAGAACUACCUGAUUUUAGUGGUGUUAUGCGUGAAACAAGCCAGCGUGUGGAGACUAUGAUGACUUCGACAAGGGACAGCCAUCCUACGCAAAGUACUACUGGUGAAUUGCAGAGAUCACAUACAACACUGCACUAGAAGGAGUCAAGGGCUGAAAAUUUUUUAUACCCGAGUAUGAGGGUAUUAUAAAAUAAUUGUUUGUUACAGGCUAAGAUAAUCGAUAUAGGUAUAGACAUAUAUGUAUGUAUGUAGGUAUACUCCGAAAUGCUCAGAGUGAAGAGAGUCGGUUAAGCCAAGCCUGUCUGUCCGUCCACCAUGUACACGAUAAUAAUAUUAACAAUUGGCGCUUACA